UUAAAGUGGGCCGGCAGCCACCGGAGCACGACAUUCGGGAGCGCCUCGCCGCACUACGCCGUCGUCCGCCGCGCUCCCGCCCCAGCUCUCCUGAGACGGCCGUACAAUCCUCGGCAGUGUCCUGAGACUGUAUGGCCCCAGACUCCUUCCACUGCCCGUCGUUCGAGCCGCUUCUUUGAAAACCCAGACAAGUGCCUCCUCUUCGAAGGAAAUAGGAACUUCGAUUCUCUUCUCGCUGUCCUCUUUUCGCGUCUGACAGCGUCCUCCCACUCCUUUCUCCGACCCCGCCUCUGCGUGCAGGUUCCUCCCCGUCACCUUUCUCCACCCCCCGACCUGCACCUAGCCAGCCGCCCGCAAACUGCCACCUGAGUGUGCGGGGCGCUCGGGACCUGCCUGCACUUAGGACCUUUAACACCCGCCGGCCUCAGGGAGCGGACAGGGACCACAGCGAAGGCAGCGGCUGCAGCCUCCACCAGCUGGGGAGCCCAGGUGCUCGGCGUCCCAAAGGGCCACAGCGACAAUGACAGCUGACAAGGAGAAAAAAAGGAGCAGCUCCGAGAGGAGGAAGGAGAAGUCCCGAGAUGCCGCGAGGUGCCGGCGGAGCAAGGAGACGGAGGUCUUCUAUGAGCUGGCGCACGAGCUGCCCCUGCCUCACAGCGUCAGCUCCCACCUGGACAAGGCCUCCAUCAUGCGGCUGGCCAUCAGCUUCCUGCGGACGCACAAGCUCCUGUCCUCAGUCUGCUCUGAAAAUGAGUCUGAGGCUGAGGCUGACCAGCAGAUGGACAACUUGUACCUGAAAGCCUUGGAGGGUUUCAUUGCUGUGGUGACCCAAGAUGGUGACAUGAUCUUUCUGUCCGAAAACAUCAGCAAGUUCAUGGGACUCACUCAGGUGGAGCUAACAGGACACAGUAUCUUUGACUUCACUCAUCCCUGUGACCACGAGGAGAUCCGUGAGAACCUGAGUCUCAAAAAUGGUUCUGGUUUGGGAAGGAAAAGCAAAGACAUGUCCACAGAGCGGGACUUCUUCAUGAGGAUGAAGUGCACGGUCACCAACAGAGGACGAACUGUCAACCUCAAGUCAGCCACCUGGAAGGUCUUGCACUGCACUGGCCAGGUGAAGGUCUACAACAACUGCCCUCCACAUGGUGGUCUCUGCGGCUACAAAGAGCCCCUGCUCUCCUGCCUCAUCAUCAUGUGUGAGCCGAUCCAGCAUCCGUCCCACAUGGACAUCCCCCUGGACAGCAAGACCUUCCUGAGCCGCCACAGCAUGGACAUGAAGUUCACCUACUGCGAUGACAGAAUCACAGAACUGAUUGGUUACCACCCUGAAGAGCUGCUUGGCCGCUCAGCCUAUGAGUUCUACCACGCACUGGACUCUGAGAACAUGACCAAAAGUCACCAGAACCUGUGCACCAAGGGCCAGGUGGUGAGUGGCCAGUACCGGAUGCUCGCCAAGCAUGGGGGCUACGUGUGGCUGGAGACACAGGGCACUGUCAUCUACAACCCUCGCAACCUGCAGCCCCAGUGCAUCAUGUGUGUCAACUACGUCCUGAGUGAGAUUGAGAAGAACGAUGUGGUAUUCUCCAUGGACCAGACUGAAUCCCUGUUCAAGCCCCACCUAAUGGCCAUGAAUAGCAUCUUUGACAACAGCAGCCCAGUGGCAGUGUGUGAGAAGAGCAACUUCCUGUUCACCAAGCUAAAGGAGGAGCCCGAGGAGCUGGCCCAGCUGGCCCCCACCCCAGGAGAUGCCAUCAUUUCUCUGGAUUUCGGGAGCCAGAACUUCGAGGAGUCCUCAGCCUAUGGCAAGGCCAUCCUGCCCCCGAGCCAGCCCUGGGCUGCAGAGCUGAGGGGCCACGGCACCCAGAGCGAGGUCGGAAGCCUGCCUGCCUUCUCCGUGCCCCAAGGAACCGCACCGGGGAGCACCACCCCCAGUGCCACCAGCAGCAGCAGCAGCUGCUCCACGCCCAGCAGCCCUGGAGACUAUUACACAUCUAUGGAUGAUAACCUGAAGAUUGAAGUGAUUGAGAAGCUUUUUGCCAUGGAUACAGAGGCAAAGGACCGGUGCAGCACCCAAACGGAUUUCAACGAGCUGGACUUGGAGACGCUGGCACCCUACAUCCCCAUGGAUGGGGAAGACUUCCAGCUAAGCCCCAUCUGCCCAGAGGAGCGGCUCUUGCCAGAGAACCCGCCGGCCACACCACAGCACUGCUUCAGUACCAUGACGAACAUCUUCCAGCCCCUGGCCCCUGUGGCCUCUCACAGCCCCUUCCUCCUGGACAAGUACCAGCAGCAGCUGGGAAGCAAGAAGACAGAGCCCGAGCACCGGCCCAUGUCCUCCAUUUUCUUUGAUGCUGGGAGCAAGGUGUCUCUGCCACCAUGCUGUGGCCAAGCCAGCACCCCUCUUUCUUCUUUGGGUGGCAGAUCCAACACACAGUGGCCUCCAGAUCCACCAUUACAUUUCAGACUCACCAAGUGGUCUGCUGGGGACCAGCACACGGAGCCGUUGGGGUCCCCUGUCACCUCUCCCCGUGUCUCCAUGUUCAAGACCAGGUCUGUGCAGGGCUUCGGGCCACAGGGCCCAGAUGUGACCAGCCCAGCUGCAGCGGCCCUCUCCCACAAGCUGAAGCGACAGCUGGAGUAUGAGGAGCAAGCCUUCCAAGAUGGGGAUCCGCCAGGGGGCAGCGCUUCACACGUGAUGUGGAAACGGAUGAAGAGCCUUGGGGCGGGGAGCUGCCCUUCCAUGUCCAUCAGGCCACUGAGUGCAACUGUCCCCAAUGAUAAGUUCACCCAAAACCCAAUGAGGGGCCUGGGCCAGCCCCUGAGGCACCUACCACCACCACAGCCACCAUCUGCUGUGUGCUCCAGGGAGACUGCCACGAGUGGGUUCCCCCCACAGUGCUACGCCCCCCAAUUCCAGGACUGCAGACUGCCGUUAGCUCCCAAGGGGUCAGGCAGAGCAAGCCGGCUGCUCGGGCCCUCGUUUGAGCCCUACCUGCUGCCUGAACUGACCAGAUAUGACUGUGAGGUGAACGUGCCCGUGCUGGGAAACUCCACGCUCCUGCAAGGAGGGGACCUCCUCAGAGCCCUGGACCAGGCCACCUGAGUCAGGGCAGCACCCACUGACACCAUCUCACCAGCUUCACUUUCCAUGUCUGUUUUUGCAUCUAGGUAUUUCUAACACCAGCACACUUUUUACAAGAUGUACUUACCUGGCAGACUUGCCCGGGUCACCAAGCAGUGGCCUUUUCUGAGAUGCUCAGUUCAUUCAUAUUUUUUAAAUACAUGAUUGUUUUACUUGCUGUGUUUUGCUCUGUCAAUGAAAAUGUUAAGUUUUAUAAGAUUUUUUUCUCCCUACUUUGUUACUACUUCUAAUUUAUAUUACCAUAGGUUUCUCUCUCGCGCGCACACACAAUAUCCACACUAACAAGUUUGGUGUAUGUUUGUUCUGUAGGGAAAGCUUUGGCUUCAUUUAACUAAAAAGAGUUUUUGUUAUUGUUGUUGCCAAAGAAAAACAAAAAUGAUUUUGCUUUCUAAGCUUGACUUGUGGCUUUUCCUCCUCAAAGCCCUUCUCCUUUCUUUUUUAAAACUAAUCACUGCAUUGUAAAUUUUAGUCUUUUUUUUUUUUAAGCCAACUCUUUACUCUAAUUUUGAUAAUGACUUUAGGAGAAAAAAAAUGUGAAGAGUGAACUCCAGUGUAUGUGGUUAUCUGUGAAAGUUGCACAGUGUGGCUUUUCCUAAACUGUUUGGUGUUUUCCCCCCCCAUUUGGUGGACUUUUUUAUUAUUAUUAUUAUUCAAAAACAUAACUGAGUUUUUUAAACAGAAAAUUUAUAUCUGGGUUAAGUGUUUAUCAUAUAUAUGGGUACUUUGUAAUAUCUAAAACCUUAGAAAUGGAAAUGGAAUCCUGCUCACUAAAUCACUUUAAGAUCUUUUUUAAGCUGUUAUUUUUUUCUUGGUAUUGCUGACACUGCAGAUUGUACAGUACUCCCACGGGCGUGUACUAACACUGCUAAAGCUCUCUCUGGUGGCUUUUUGCUUUUGUGAUAUGCUGUAAGUGUGACAAACAAUCCAAGAGGUGGAAUCAUUAAGUGGGAGCAUCGCAAGCUAUCUUCUCAUGUUCUCUCUGUGUCAUGUGUGUAUUAUUGCUGCCAAGAGGGAUUGAUGGCACGUCGGGGGGGUGGGCUGGGGAGAAUGCUAUAGGAGGGGAAGUGCUUUAGCUUUUCUUAAGAUUUUGUUGCUAGCCUUCAAGCGCACUGAGCUGUGUGACUCUGAUGGUCUUUCACGUGGCACAUUUGGGUAUUUCCAGAACUACCAUGAAAUGGUUUAGGUGGGAAUUCAUGAAAGAAAGUAAGGACAAAGAAACGGUGCUCAGGACCUUACAGACGUGGAGGUAGAGCUGAGAGAGGGUGCACCAAGGGAGGGCAGCUGGUUCCUGACCAGCCCCAGCCCAGCAUCCCUCCCUCAGCCUGUGGUCAGAUCCCCCUGCAAGGACACAGUGCAGCGCCCCCUGCUGGUGAGCAGCAGGCAGACCUCCAGGGACGGCCCCUCUCCUCAGGCCCUCGCUGGGGUCUCUCUGUCACAUGAAGUGACGGGUAUAGGUAGGAAGCACUGAAAAUAGAGUGUUCCCAGAGCACUUUGUAACUCACUGGGUAAGAGGGACAACACCUUUUGGUUUUUCCAUACCAAUCACAUGGAACUUUUCUGUCAUGGGUACAAUGAAGUUUCUAAAAACACACACACAGAGCACAUCAGGCCAAGAAUUUGGUAAGCCCUGAUGGACUUAUUGCCAAAAACAAAAAUUAACUUUCAAAAGAAAUCUAAGUUAUAUGAAAAAAAUUACAUAGUCACGGUGUUGCCUAAAUCCUAUUUCAGCGGCACAUGGUUGCCCGACACAUGGUGGCAGAGCCUGAAGGGUUACUGACAUGUAAAUGCUGAUAUUUGAUCUCCUGUGUGUGUUGCCUCAGCAUUAAGGGCAUUUUACACUUGCAGUUUUACUAAAACACUCUGAAAAAUAUUCCAAGCUUCAUAUUAAUCUUAUCUGUCAACGUAACGAUUUUAUGAACAUUAUUAUAUUGUUGAAUUCCUACUGACAACAUUAUAACUAUAUGGGAGCUUAACUUUAUAAGGAAAUGUAUUUUGACACUGAUAUCUUAUUAAAGUAUUCUGAUUCUAC